AUGGCACAGAAUGUUCUUGAGUCAUUAUUUCAAGGCCUUCUUAUACAUGCAGAGAUUGGCAAGAAGUCGGACCUGGCCUUGAUUCCGCGAAUAUGGAGCUCGGAGCUCAAGAACAUAUCGCCGCCUCUUCCUGAUGUGAACUCAGUUGAUUUGUGGCUACGGGAAGGGCCAGUCUCAGCUGAAUACAGGGAGAACAUAGUCAUCAACUAUGACGAAUUCUGGAAAGGAGCUCGGCAUUGCCCUCUUGGCGUCAGCGCAGAAGAGCGCGAGAAAGUUUUCGAGGCAGCCUGGAACGACGUAAUGGCUUUCUCUUUCGUUUAUAAAACAUUCUCAGAUGUAUUGACCAAUGAAACUGCAAAUAAAGAAGUUUGUAACUUCAUGAAACGAAAAAUAGCCAAGAUUGUGGAAGAUCCUGGGAAACGCGACAGGCUUACGCCAUUCCCAGAUGCGCUAUAUGCCAAACGACCUGUCUGCUGCGCAAAUUACUAUGAAAUAUUUAACCAAGAUAACGUCGAUAUUGUUAAUUAUCAAAAGACGCCCUUUGUUGGAAUUACCGAAAAGGGUAUUCAAACUGAGGAAAAGCUUUACGAGUUGGAUGUUAUCAUCUAUGCAACUGGUCUUGAAACCGAUGGCAGCUGGUCCACCAUUGGCAUUAGUGGCCCUAAUCAGACAUUGGAACAGCACUGGGUUGAAGGAGCAACUUCAUAUUUAGGAGUAUCGGAAGCAGGAUUUCCCAACUUCUUUAUGAUUGUAGGGCCUCAGUCAGCAGUUGCUAACAUGUCUCCAUUAAUUGAGGGUCAAGUCAACUUCAUCUCAGGGCUGAUAUCAAAGGCUGAGACUUUAAUAAAAGAGAAUGAAGCAAACAGAGAUAAGAAAAUUAUUAUUACUGCUACUCAAGAAGCGGAGAACGAUUACAUGAAAGAAUGUCGAUCCCUUGCAAAAGGAAGCAUAUAUUACAAAGAUAAAUCAUUUCUCUUUGCCGAUAACCAUACUUCUAGGAAGUCAAGCCAAGGGAGAAAUGUUCCUUAG